AUGGCAUUCUACCCAUCACCCACGAAAUGGUACCGCCUCACCAACUUAUACACGGGUGAAGCCCUGUCCUUGGACGUCGUUAAUGACAACGGCCCCAACUCGUCUGGCACAUUGCAGAUGGCAGCUACGGGGAACUUCUCUGGCCAGUACUGGCGUUUCCAGCCCAACCCAGCUGGAUCUACGUCCACAUACGCGCUUUUCACUCAGUUCCUCGGAGAAGGGAAGCGUUUGGAUGUAUAUGGCGACGAUAAGACCAAGCCGCACUUGGCGGCUGCUGGGAAUUAUUCGGGGCAGAUUUGGACGGUGACGCCGUGGGGCGAUGGCACCUAUAGGCUGACGAAUAGUUAUUCGGGAAGCGACUUACACUUGGAUGUGUAUAGCGAUAGCAAGGUGCCGUUCUUGGGGGAUGGAAAUCACAGUGGCCAACACUGGCGUAUUACCCCUUUCCCCAUCUAAAGGAAGUCGUGUCGGCUUGCUAGAACACGUUGUGGCAUGUACAUGUGCAGCUGAUUUGAAGGCGAAAGUUUUUGUAGAACACUGAGGGUCAAAUGGAACUAUACCAAACGUGUAUUUUUGUUAUCGAUAUCGUGAUGAACGCGGUCAAUCUUGGGUCAAUCCCUCAUUUUAUAUACAACCUUUUCAAGUGAGCGCUCUCA